AUGCGCGACGUCGACGCGGACGUCCUGCCGCUGUUGCUCCGGCUGCGAAGCGCGGGCGCCAGCGCGGAGGGGCUGCGACGAGGCGCGGCGGGCGUGCGGGCGUGGAGGGACGCCCUCGCGCGAGGGCUGCUGCCGGACGCGUCGCUCGAGUGGCCGGAGGACGAGACGUUCAGGACGGCGCUGAUCGAGGCGCUGGGGGAUUUAGACAUGGCCAGGUUCACGCGACGGUUUCCGCCGGUGCUGGACACGUUGAUGAAGAAUGUGUUGGAUAUUUUGUACGUGUACGAACGCGAUCGAGAGGACGAAGACGCGACGCCGGAGUUGCCGCCGACGGAGCCGCGGGAUUCGGAGACGGCGAACGAUGGAGAGGGAGAGGGAGACGCGCGAGGAAGCGGCGCGGGCGAGAGCGACGAAGAGGAGGGGGAGGGCGAGGCGCGGAGUCAGGCGGGAGGGCGAGGCGGCGCGGGGGAAGAAACCGACGGGAGCGAUAACGUCGACGAAUUCGACGUGGGGAUGGAUGGCGACGACGGCGCGAACGAGGCGAUGGAGCGGGCGAAGGAGAAGAAUAAGGAGAUCGUCUCGCGGCUCAUGGAGGAGUUCAAAGAGCAGUGGGAACCGGCGAUGGAUAAGCUCGACAAGGCGGCCAAGGCAUUCGAAGGAUUAGAUUUAGACGACCUCGCCGACGGCCCGGAAGGCUUCGACCUCACGCGAGGUCUGUGGCAGCAGACUGGGUGGAAGGAGCUCGAUUCGCUUCGCAAAAAGCUGCAAGACUUGAAAGAGUUGCGCGACAUGGUGCGCAGUUUGGGCCGAGGCAGUGGUCGCGGACCUUUGCGUCGCGCGCCGCGACAAAGAGAGCGCCAAGGAUUCCCCAUAGGUCUCGUGCGAAGUCCGAUGGAGCCCGAACAAACAUCCGGUUUGUGCCGCUCGGACGAUUUGUCCCGCAUGAUGCCGAGCGAGAUGGUGCUACUCGCGUCGAGUCUCCCGCAAGCGCGUCUUUUGCACUUUGCGCGUCGCGCCGAGCGCACUUUGCUGUCGUAUGAGCGCGUGGGGUGGUCGGAAGAACCCGCGGUGACUGUAGAGGGCUUCGAGACGCGCCCCGCGGCGGAGUGCGGGCCAAUCAUCGUGUGCCUGGACACCUCGGGGUCGAUGAUGGGCGCUCGCGAGACCGUCGCCAAAGCCAUGGUUCUCGAGUGCAUGCGGCAAAGUCGCUCGCAGCAGCGCGCGUGUUAUUUAUAUUCUUUUAGUGGCCCAGGAGAUUGCCAAGAGCUCGAGCUCAAGCUCAACGCCGCCGGUCUCUACGGUUUGUUGGAAUUUCUCAGCGGUAGCUUCCACGGCGGCACCGACGUCGACGAGCCAUUCAAUCGCGCGCUCGCUCGGUUAAACGAGGCCGAAUGGAGCAACGCUGAUAUAUUGCUCGUCACCGACGGGGAAAUCAAACCUCCCGACGAAACCUUGAUCGCCAAUCUCAACGAGGCAAAGGAAGAGAUGGGAUUAAAGGUGCACGGUUUGCUCGUCGGCGACGCCGGCAACGCCGAAGUCGUGGAAUCGAUUUGCACUCACGUACACGCGUUCAAGUCCUGGACCGCGGUCGGCGGCAAGCCAUCGUAA